AGGAGCUGUUACAUGAGUUUCUAGCGCAUUACGAACGGGAAACCGUCAGGUUCUUAUGUUUUCUCAUAAGCUUUAGCCAAUAAUUCAUACACUAAGUGGAAAGUGCUUUGACUUCAGAAUGGGUGAGCCGCAGCAGGUCAGCGCCCUCCCACUGCCACCAAUGCAGUACAUCAAAGAAUACACGGAUGACAAUGUACGGAAAGGACUGGCCCCUAAACCACCUCCUCCAAUUCGGGAUAGUUACAUGAUGUUUGGCAAUCCAUUUCAGUGUGACGACCUCAUCAUCCGGCCCCUGGAGAGCCAGGGCAUUGAAAGAUUGCACCCAAUGCAAUUUGACCACAAGCGGGAGCUAAAGAAACUUAAUAUGUCCAUCCUAGUAAACUUCCUGGACCUGCUUGACAUUUUGAUUAAAAGCCCAGGCAGCAUUAAGCGUGAAGAAAAACUGGAGGACCUGAAACUUUUGUUUGUCCACAUGCACCACUUAAUUAAUGAGUACAGACCUCACCAGGCUCGUGAGACACUGCGAGUGAUGAUGGAAGUGCAGAAGAGACAGAGGUUGGAAACAGCUGAACGCUUCCAGAAACACCUGGAACGUGUUGUUGAGAUGAUACAUGGCUGCCUUGCCUCACUUCCUGAUGAUUUGCCCCAGCCUGAGACCUCUGGCAUGGCUGGAACAGCGGUUUCAGGUUCAGGGGGGGAUGUUAGACUAAAAUCUGAGCCCAUGGAUAUGGAGGAGGCUGGGGUUAGUUGCAUGGCAGAUCAGACAGACAAGAAUAUACCUGCUACUACAAAGGAAAAAGUAUGGGAUAAAGAUGCUACAAUGUGCAGUAUCAUUGAUGAAAUGACGUAAAAUUAAUUCUUGUUUUUGUUUUGAUUUAAAAUGAUAUAUUACAUCAUGGACAGAAGCAAAGCUAUUGAAACUUUGGAGGGAAUCUGUUUUUCAUAAAUGUUUUUUCAAGUUCUGUACACAAUUAAAAAAUAAUAAAGUAAUGUAUUUUUUCA